GGGCUCCAGCGGCAGGGCGGUCGUCGCCGCAGCUGGAAGGGGAGGAGGACAACGAAGAGGAGGGAGAGGAGGAGGAGGAAGAGGAGGAGGAAGAGGAGGAGGCGGCGGCAGCCGCAGAGGCAGCUGCAGGGACCUCUCCAAGUUUGUCGGGACCUUCUUCGGAGGAGGCAGUGGCGCCGGCAGCCAGAGAGGCCAGGACUGCGUUCAGGCCGGGGGCGGGGGCUGGGGCAGGGCCCGGGGGGUGGGGGGCCGGAGCCUCCGGGAUCCAGCACUCUCAACAGCCUCUGCCCCCAGGGCGCCCCAGGCCCCACUUCGCGCCGCUCUCCGUGCUGCGCGCCGGCUGAGCCCUCCGUUCCCGGGCCCAUGUACUGGAAGCAUGAGAGCGCCGCCCCGGCGCUGCCCGAGGGCUGCCGUUUGCCGGCGGAGGGCGGCCCCGCCACUGACCAGGUGAUGGCCCAGCCAGGGUCCGGCUGCAAAGCGACCACCCGCUGUCUUGAAGGGACCGCGCCGCCAGCUAUGGCUCAGUCAGACACCGAGGCCCUGGCAGGUUCUCUGGACAAGGACGAAGGUCGAGCUUCCCCAUGUACGCCCAGCACACCGUCUGUCUGCUCGCCGCCCUCUGCCGCUUCUUCCGUGCCGUCUGCAGGCAAGAAUAUCUGCUCCAGCUGCGGCCUCGAGAUUCUGGACCGGUAUCUGCUCAAGGUCAACAACCUCAUCUGGCACGUGCGGUGCCUCGAGUGCUCUGUGUGUCGCACAUCGCUGAGGCAGCAGAAUAGCUGCUACAUCAAGAACAAGGAAAUCUACUGCAAGAUGGACUACUUCAGCCGAUUUGGAACCAAGUGCGCUCGGUGUGGCAGACAAAUCUAUGCCAGUGACUGGGUGCGCCGGGCACGAGGCAAUGCCUACCACCUGGCCUGCUUUGCCUGUUUCUCCUGCAAACGCCAGCUGUCCACCGGGGAGGAAUUCGGUCUGGUUGAGGAGAAGGUGCUUUGCCGCAUCCACUACGACACUAUGAUCGAGAACCUCAAGAGGGCCGCCGAGAACGGGAACGGUCUCACGUUGGAGGGGGCAGUGCCCUCGGAACAGGACAGUCAACCCAAGCCGGCCAAGCGCGCGCGGACGUCUUUCACUGCCGAGCAGUUGCAGGUUAUGCAGGCGCAGUUCGCGCAGGACAACAACCCCGACGCACAGACGCUGCAGAAGCUGGCGGACAUGACUGGCCUCAGCCGCAGGGUCAUCCAGGUGUGGUUUCAAAACUGCCGAGCGCGUCAUAAAAAACACACACCGCAGCACCCAGUGCCGCCCUCAGGGGCGCCCCCGUCCCGCCUCCCCUCCGCCCUGUCCGACGACAUCCACUACUCUCCGUUCAGCAGCCCCGAGCGGGCCCGCAUGGUCACCCUGCACGGCUACAUCGAGAGUCAGGUACAGUGCGGGCAGGUGCACUGCCGACUGCCUUACACCGCGCCCCCUGUCCACCUCAAAGCCGAUAUGGAUGGGCCGCUCUCCAACCGGGGUGAGAAGGUCAUCCUUUUUCAGUAUUGACGCUACCAGCACUUGCGCAUCUGUCCAUGGGCACCGCACAGCUGCCCCUCAGCCGCUGAGAUCCAGCAUUCAGCUGUGACCAGGGAUCCACCCACCACCUCUGCAUACACCUCACCCGCUGCCAUCCUGCCCUCUGCCAGUGGUCCCCCCACCCCAGGCCCGGUCUGUCUUUUCCUGCCCUGCUGAGAACCAGAGCCCACCAGGAGCAGCAGAAUCCCUCUUUUCGAGAGUAGGCUCCAUGAAAUGUGGCAUCAGCAUGAAAGCAAGUGGUCUGCCCUUCUUCAUCAAACAGGAGUCAUCUUUAUCGUCAGCUGAUCGCAGCAGUAAUGGCACCAACAGCCUCCUACUUUACAGGUUUUCUUCUCCCUACAUUGGCCUUUAUUUACUACCACCUUGGAACCAUCUCUGAAUUCUGAAUAGCCAACAACCCCUAAAGUUAUAUACUUUGUUGCUUUUGUCUGGCAAGCUCUACAGUGUUUGUGGGAUGUCCCCAAAGGAAAGCUAUGUUCUAAUUUUAUCAUUUCCAUCUGUCUGGUUCUGUCAAGUUAACUCAGAGAAAGAAGAGACACUGACCCACCCUGAGAGGCCCAAUAGGGCAGAGAUGGAGGCCUGCCCAGAUGAAGAGGCAGAGGGACAGGCAGGGAUGGGUGCCAAAGACCCCACCCCCCAUUGGCUUGGAGGAGAAGGACUGGGUACACUGGACUAGGAGGGGCUCUGACCAUUUCAUGGAGAGAAAAGAGCAAACUUGGGAAGGGCCCUUCCCCCACCAACUACCCAGCAGGAGUCAUGGCAAGGAUAUUGUCUCAUCUGCAUAAUGACACUGCUGAAUGUUAGGGUGGACUAGAUUAGGGACCCUUGUUGGCCACUUCUCAGUCCCAAGAGGAGGGCCUGGGCCAGUCUUCUCUGGGGUGGGGUGGGACCAUUCAUGAAGACCAAGGAACAGAACCCAGUGAAAUAUUAGUUACGAUUCAUCCCUGAGGGAAGAGAGGUGCCCAUGGCCUCAGUGAGUAUGCCAAACCCAGAAUUCCAGCUGGCACCUCUGCAAUUUCCCCACCAACUGCAGAGCAGCUCCACACACUCCUGAGAGCAGAGGCCAAUUGCAAAUAAAGGUCUCAGGUUACACAGGUCCCAGCUUAUAUUUUCAGGGGAUACCCAUUUGUCCCACACUUAUCCUGUAAUUAUGGAACCACUUGGUGGCCUAAUGCACUUCUCACUAGAGGCUGCUAGCAGUAUUUUAGCCAAAGUCAUCCUCCUUGCUUUGAGAAGCAGACUACAGGACAGGGAAGGCAAGUUUUUAGUAUGUAUGCAGUUGCUGUCCCUGCUUCACCCAUGACAAACAUCGCUAAUCAAUCACAGCACUCUAUCUCAUGGAGUGUGGAUAAGGUUUCAGAAUUCCCAUACUUGAAGUUCCACUUAACAUGAGAACCACUGUGCUAUUUGUUGUGGGAUCUGGAGGAGGGUUCGGCAUGGGUGACAUCCCAGAAGGAAACUUGCAUCUUCUCCAUUCCAAAAUUGUCAACUGGCUGAGGACAAAGAGAAAGCAUCUCCCAGAAUGCUGAGUGUGGUUCAGUGCAGAGCUCCUCCAAUGCCCUGUGCCAGGCACUGACUCAAGCAGGAGGAGCCUGGCCUGAUCUGUUGCUUUGGGAAACCCAGAUCUCUCCUAUGAUUUUUUGCUUGUAAUGAUCAGAACCCCAGUUGCAACCAUGUGGGAAGUGGCCAGCUGAGCCCGGUCACUCAGUACCCACUCUGCCUUGAGCCUUCCCCCAGGGUCUAAAUUUUUCGUGGACCAUGUGGCAGUAGCAUGUUGCAGUUCAGAUGUCUCCACUACCCUGUUCAGAACAGCCUGGGAAUGUACAGGCCAAUGAGGCUAUUUAUUUAAAUACACACACACACACACAAAAGGGGGGAACACACAAAUGGAAAAAAAAUUGUAAGCACUUUUUUUUGUAAAACCAAUGUCUGUUUUGUUACAUACCUUUCAUGUUGUGCUUUGUAAAUGUCUUAUUUGUGUAAUAAAUAAAGUUAAUGCAAGUAGAAGUGCUGGCACUUAAAUCCAGAAUA